AUGGAGGGCGUCAGUACGCCUUCUUCCAGUGACGGCAGCAGUGGCUGUGGUAACACGGCCACCGCCGCUGCCGAGGCAUCCGCGACGGAUGGUAAUCCGGGCGGGAGAUGCGUGUGGCGAAAUCCUCGUAAGAGUGGACGUGCGGGCAGCGAUGUUCCGCCUCCCGCGAUUCACCGCAUCUCCCAGCCCCUGGCAAUACACACUGCAGGGCCCAAAUGUGGGGUCUCCAACCUGAUCCACGGCGAUACGAGACAUUCACUCCAUGUUGCAUCGUCUCUGGAUAUGCACCCGCAUGGCGUGUGUGGGCUUCCAAUGCCGAUUCUGGACGUCGUGUUUAAUUUCCUUCCUGUGGAUGACUUACGCACGGUGCUUGGCGUGUGUCGGUAUUUUUACCACGCCGUCAGCGAGUCGGACCGAACUGCAUGGAAAGCCGCCUGCUUCUCCAUGUGGCGUGGCAAGCAGGGUUUUGCGCGUGUGAUGAAGACGUGGGCGGCGACAGAGGAGGCACAUCGGCGGGAGGAACUUGAAAUCAUCGCCAUGCAGCAGCAAAUGUUGAUUGGGACACACAUGAACGACAGCACCGCCACAACCACCACCACCGGCAGCACCGGCAGCAACAACAAUAACAAUAACAACAAAAUUGCGACAGUAACACAUGAAUGGGUGAUGUUUCAAUUAGGAGAAACCGAAAGAGACGAGGGGGAUAAACAUCAUCAGGAACGGCACUCGCAAGAGCAUCAACAACUGUUCAUGCCAUCAUAUUGGACUGGGCGUGGCGGGAAGAGCGGGCCCGCCUCGCUCGCCACAACACCAAGUGAUAUUGACAGUGUUUUCAUAGGGGCAAGAAGUGCGCCGCAACAACUGUGGGAUCGAGUUUCACUUCGGAGUACACCGACAUACGAUGCGAUCAUGAGCACGGUAAACUCGCCCCAUCUACGAGCGUCGUUGAUAUCCCCAUUGCGGCGCAGCGUCUCGUCUAUAUCAUCCGUUGAGAGUGGGACCGAUCAAAUGUCCAGGACAAAGAAGAAACUGUACUGGUGGCAAAUGGCACCCGAGCGGCGCCAACAGCAUUUGUAUUGCAUGCAGCAAAAACUCCACCGACGGCGAUUAAGGUUGGAGCUGCAAAAUCAGCGUCGGCAGCGUCAUGAGGAUUCCUGCGACCUGCUGCUUGACGAGGAUGAGGAAGAGACGGACACAAGUCGUGCCUUUUUGACAGAACGCAUCACUGCUCAUCAGAAGAAAGUUUUGAUGGGUACUUUCAAUUCGCCCCAAAGCCAUGAGAGCGGCAGCAGUAACAGCGACCAACCAUCGCUUUUCUCGCUUCCUUCCGCACUUGCGGUGACGGCGACAGCGAGAGGAUUGCACUGCACAGGGAAAUCGCGAGGAGGGGUUCUGUUGACGGCGAACACCGAUCAACAGAGAUUGACUUAUGCCACUGAAGAGGCAAAAGAAGGGAAAAAAGAAGGUUCUGAGGAGGAUGCAGAUGUCUCGGAUGACGGGCUUGGCGAUUGCGACAACGAGAGCGAGGCCGAUGGGAAGCAUGACAGCAAUCCAUAUCAGGAGUUUGAGGAGGAGAUGGCCCUAACACACUCUCUAAGCGUGCUGCAGCAUGCCCAACAAAAGGCGAUGCGUCUCAUUUCAGAGGGGAAUAAGAGGAGGCAGGAAGGGAACGAAGUUGACAACGACGAGGAAGACAUGCAAUUACCGGUUUCGUGGAAAUUUGCAUACUACAUGUCACUUCGUGACGCGCGACGCCAGAAGAUUACGAUGCAAGAGCUCAUAGAAGACAAAUGGUAUGUGUGCUUCCGCGCCACGGGAAAAACACAUCCUGCGACGUUUACGGCAAAACGUACCUUAAUCAUCCAUUCUGCCCUGAACAGCUCAAACAACACGAACAUGAAUAUUCAGGCCGGUGGGGAUGUGGAAAAUGACGUUGCAAUGCCUCCUCUCUUAUAUCACCUACUGAAGGGUGGUUCCGAACUUGUGGUACACAACUUUCCCCCGCUGAAGGUGUACCGUCGGUCAGCUUUGACAUCGGCUACUGCUUUUAAUAAAGGGGGUGUUGCUCAUGGCAGCAUGACAACUAACGUUUCUGUUCCUGCUGUCCCAACGUGGCGUUCAGUCGCCGGUAAUAAUUCCAGAAAUCAAGCGGCGGCAGAACGUGCGUUCAUUGCCGAGCCGGAUGCCUCGCUACGCCGCCUCAGGGCCCAGGAGGAAAAACAAAUACCUCCAGGUGGAGAGGAUGAGGAAGAAAUCUAUACAGAAGCCGUGUUUAGGCCGGCAGAAGACGAAACUCCUGGCACGGACUGGGGGUGGGUAAUACAAAACUACUUUGUAAAGAUAUUCUCCGUGGACACACAUAUCCCAGUGUAUAUUCAGCGACUGCGGCGCACAUGUGCGCCGCGGCCCCCCUGA